UCUGCCCAUAGCCAUUUGCGAGCGCGUUUGUGUAGUGUGCACGAGUGCGGUUUUGUCGUUACAUCCGUUCGGUUUCGUUUAUCUGUAUAAAAUUAUUGUUGUUCGUUUUUUUACAUAUUUUAUAUGCACUCGGAAAAUUGCAUAUCUCGCGUGUUGGUAUAACAAUAUAACAACGGUGCGCUGUACACGGACGAGCACAUUAUAACGCCGGUAUACGUGUGGUCGCGCCUGGAAAACGAACGUUGAAAUAUCAUAAUAUUAUCACUGUGGAUCACACACAUGGACACGAAAGUCGCACAAGAGUCCGCCUUCGAUAAGUUGCGAUCGUUUAAAAUAUCUCUGAGUAACGAUAACAGCAAUAGUUACAUAAUAAUAUCACGGUAUUGCUGACCGGAACCGGAAGAGCGACUGAGGCAGUACCUAUACAUCGACUAGCAUCACGAGAAAUUCAAUUUCUAUGCCGGGUAGUGAUCUUCAAUCAGAAGAAGACAUGUUAGACGGACUUCAACUUCGUGGACGAUCUUUCGAAGUUUCAACUGACCACUCAAGAUCACCCAGCACAGAAAAUGGUUCAUUUUAUCACCCAGACAACAAUAAUGUAUCCGAAGACGACGACGAAAAUAUUAAAAGCGAUUCGGAGAGUUCUGACGAGAAACCGCGAAGGUCUGUGCCGGGCAAGCGAAAACGACGGACAAGUAUAGACGAAGAUGACGGCGAUGAACCGAUCGCACCCAAAACAAGAAAAUGUCGCAGAAGCAUCCGGCAAAGGCAAUCGGUGGAAGUGUUAUCGGCAAAAGACCGAAACAUGCGAAGACUGGAGAGCAACGAGCGGGAACGAUUACGCAUGCACUCAUUAAACGAUGCUUUCGAGAAACUACGUGAAGUUGUGCCUCAUGUAAAAAUGGGACGUAAACUAUCAAAGUUGGAAACAUUGACAUUAGCAAAAAACUACAUCAUGGCAUUGACUAAUGUCAUAUGUGAAAUGAGAGGCGAGCAAAAACCAUUCACUUUUGACGAUCCCGAUCAAGCCGAAAAUGACUAUGCAUCGAGUAACGAUGGUGGAUUCGAAUCGGGUAAUAGUACAAAAACCCCCUCAAAUUUGGAACAAGAGUUACUAUCAUCGGAUUAGUAAAAACCGUGCGCCGAAAAUCCUAUUUUCUAUAUCAUAUUAUAUAAACCAAAUCUGUUCGUUAGUGUACAAAUACAAUUUUUUUUUUUUUUACUUAAAAGGUAUUUUAAUGAUGAGAUUUAUUUUCGUCUUGAUAUUUACCAGUAAUUAUUGUUAUUAUAAUCAUUAUGAUUAUUAUUUGUGUUUUUA